UCAUUUUUUUGAUGAAUCACUCUCGUCUUCUUGCCUCUGUUAUUAUUUAUUAUAAAGACGUAUUCUUGUUCAAUUGCUGAUCAACAAAUUUUGCGAAUCAAAUCUUUGUUUCACUUUUCUUAUUUACUCCAUCUUAUCUAGUUUUUUGAUCGCAUUAACGUCUGGGUCCUUUCUGUUUCCCUAUAUUUUGCGACAACCAAUCAUCAUUUUUCUUUUCUUCGGGUUUUGGUUGUUGGGACUGUAAUCUCUGUUACAAUCCAAAGGGAGAGAUUUUUUGAUUUGGGUUUUGUAUUUACUAUAAGAAAGACUAUAAAAGAUAAAAACUUCGUAAAAUCUUGAGGUGGUUGAGAGUGGGUAGGGACGAAAAUUUAGUAUUUUCUCAAUCACUACUUUAUAAGCCAAGUAAGAAGAAGAAGAAGAUUAUUGAGAUCUGAUGGCUGAGUUUGGAAGAGGAGGAACAUGGAGAGGUUUGAGAUCAGUGUUAAUGGUUUGCCUCAACUUUUUGUUAGCUUUUGUGCUUGUUUCUGCAGAAAGAGGGAUGAAACGUGAAUUUACAAGAGUUUCUCCAAGAGAAAAUAAUGAUGAUGGUUUAUCAAAUUACUUUCUUCAAGCUGUUGAUUUCUUAUGGCAGCCUGCUCAAUCUGGUUACCAACAUGUCUGGCCGGAAAUGAAAUUCAGUUGGCAGAUUGUAUUGGGUACUAUUAUUGGAUUUUUUGGAGCAGCUUUUGGAAGUGUUGGAGGAGUUGGUGGGGGUGGUAUUUUUGUUCCCAUGCUUAGUCUUAUUAUUGGAUUUGAUCCCAAAUCUGCCACAGCAAUUUCUAAAUGUAUGAUUAUGGGUGCUGCUGGAUCAACUGUGUACUAUAAUCUUAAGCUAAGGCAUCCUACUCUUGACAUGCCCAUUAUUGAUUAUGAUCUGACUCUGCUCAUCCAGCCAAUGCUUAUGCUUGGUAUCAGUAUUGGUGUUGCUUUUAAUGUCAUAUUUGCAGAUUGGAUGGUCACGGUUCUGCUUAUUAUUCUCUUCUUGGGCACGUCGACGAAGGCAUUUUUCAAAGGUGUUGAAACAUGGAAGAAAGAAACAAUAAUGAAGAAGGAGGCUGCCAGGCGUUUACAGGAAAAUGGCAGCGGAGGGGCAGAAGUGGAAUACAAGUCUCUUCCUAGUGGCCCCGAAAAGGAAACAAAAGAGCCAGAGGUUACUAUUCUUGAAAACGUUUACUGGAAGGAACUUGGACUCCUUGUUUUCGUUUGGGUUUCAUUCCUCGUAUUGCAGAUAGCAAAGAAUAAUAUGACUCCUUGUUCCGUAGAAUACUGGGUAGUAAACCUGUUACAGAUCCCAAUUUCUGUUGGGGUAUCGAUGUAUGAGGCAGUGGGCCUUUACAAGGGACGGAGAAUAAUUGCAUCGAAGGGCGAACAAGGCGCAGACUUUAAAGUUCACCAACUUGUUAUUUAUUGUUUAUGUGGGGUGUUGGCUGGAGUAGUCGGAGGACUGCUUGGAUUGGGUGGUGGAUUCAUUAUGGGUCCAUUGUUUUUGGAGCUAGGAGUCCCUCCUCAGGUGUCGAGUGCGACUGCAACUUUUGCGAUGACAUUCUCCUCAUCCAUGUCGGUUGUAGAAUACUACCUUCUGAAACGAUUUCCAGUUCCUUUCGCACUUUACUUCGUCGCAGUCGCUACAGUUGCCGCAUUAAUAGGGCAGCACAUUGUGAGAAGAUUGAUCAUUAUGUUCGGAAGGGCGUCACUUAUUAUCUUCAUACUCGCUUUUACCAUUUUUGUCAGUGCAAUUUCACUAGGCGGAGUUGGGGUAUCAAACAUGAUAUGGAAGAUUGAGCAUCAAGAAUACAUGGGAUUUGAGAACCUCUGCAAGUAUGGGGUUUAGGGGUCAAUUCUUGUUUGGAAUUUUUGUUUAAAGUUAUUUUUUUAGGUGCUGUAAUUAUUUGUUGAGGCUGCAAAAUAUGCCUCAUGUUUUGUACAAUAAUUGGAAUUGUGGGAAGAAAGGGCGAUCAUUAGUAAUUUAUAUUUUCUCAGAACUUUGUAUUUACAUUUGCGUAAUUUUAAUUUUUGUAGUUUGGCAA